GUCUGGAGGAAGCGUUUGGAGAGCUGUACGUGUGAAUUGUACAUUACAAAGCAGCGGAUUAUGACAGAGGAAAGAAGGAGUCGAGAUAUUCAUCAAGGAAAACAAAACAUUCGUGGCUCAGAUUAAGCCGUCAACAUCCUCGGACAGUGAACAAUGCAUGAUCUGACUGCCCAAGUCACCAGCAGCCUGCUGCCGUUCCCAUUAGUGACUGUAGAUGCGCUGGGAGAGGAUGAGAUCACUUUGGACUCUGUGCUCCAUGGGAGGUUCUCUACUGGUCGCGGUGGGCUAGCUUGGCUGGCCUGUGGCCCCCAGCUGGAGGUUGUCAGUGCAGUGACAGGAGAGCGGCUGUCUGCAUACUGCUUCAGUGGUGGAGGGGAACACCUACCUGGUGUCCUUGCUGCAAGAGAUUUCAGCUGGCUCAAACGGACUGGAUUGCUGGUUGGUUUGGAGGAAUCAGAGGGCAGUGUGCUGUGUCUGUAUGACUUGGGACUGUCGAGGGUGGUCAAAGCUGUGGUUAUACCAGGCAGGAUUACCGCCAUUGAGCCGUUAGUGAGUUAUGGCGGAGCAAGCGCCUCCACCCAGCACCUCCACCAGAGUCUGCGUUGGUUCUUUGGCAUUGCUGCCAUCGUAACUGAUCUUGGUCACGUCCUGCUAGUGGACCUUUGUCUCGAUGACCUGUCCUGCAGCCAAAGCGAGCUAGAGGCUUCAGACCUGCAGGUAGUGACCAAAUCUCCAGGAGAGAUCCCCAGGCUUAGAGAAGUCAGUAACCGACAGGGCAGACAUCUUUGCCUCCAGCUAAAUGGGCCCAGUGGAGUUGGAGCUACAGCUCUGCAGUACAUCUCCAGGACCAACCAGCUGGCUGUGGGAUUUUCUGAUGGAUACUUGCAGUUGUGGAACAUGAAGUCUCUAAAAAAAGAAUACCACUCCCAGUUAGAUGGUGGCAGGGUGCCUGUGCAUGCCUUCACCUUUCAGGAGCCAGAAAAUGACCCCAGGAACUGCUGCUACCUCUGGGCUGUCCAGUCUUCUCAGGACCUUGAGGGUGAUAUGGUCAGCCUCCGCCUACUUCAGCUGGCCUUCAGUGAACGAAAGUGUCUAGCUUCUGGGAAGAUCCUCUAUGAGGGUCUGGAGUACUGUGAGGAGCGUUACAGUCAGGAGUUAAGUGGUACAGCUUUUCCUCUCAGGGCUCAGACCACCAACACCCGCCUGCUCAGUUGCCAGACCAUCGAGAAGUUCCGACCCCAUCCUGACAGGGAUGACAGCUUGAAUGAAGUUUCAUCUCCAGACACCAGUGUGUCUAUUUUCAGUUGGCAAGUCAAGGCCUACGGUCAAGGCACCUUGUCCACCUUUGUCGGAGUUUUUGACAUUAACCGCUGGUACCACGCACAAAUGCCGGACUCGUUAAGAACGGGGGAGUCUCUGCACAAUUGUCCCUACCUGGCAGUUUGGUCUCUGGACCCAGUAGUGCAGAUGGUGUCUCCUCACAUCCUGCUGGAUGUGGUUGUGCAUGAGCGCAGCCUGAGCAGGGGCAUGCCCUUAACCUGCCCCCCACCAGAACAAUACUUUAACUCUACCACAUACAACUUUGAUUCUACCUGCUUGCUUAACUCUGGAAUUGUGCACUUAACCUGCUCUGGUUAUCAGAAAGAGACCCUGAGCUUUUUGAAGAAAGCUGCUCCUUGUUCCAGUGACAUCAUCUCCACUAGCUACUCACGCUGCCUCAUGUCCGGCCUACUCUCAUCUCGCCUGGCUGACACCCAGGCCUCCAGCCUCUCUCAGGAGGAGCAGCUGGAUGCCAUCUUAUCCACAGCUGUAGAGACCAGCUCUUUGGGACUUAUUACUGGCUGUAUCAAGCAGUGGACUGCAGAGGAACAACCGGGCUCUGCACUGAACCUACGUUACAUCCUGGAUUGGGCUUGGAACAAAGUAGUCCAGACCAAGGAGGAACUGGAUGGCAUCUGUGCACCACUGUUUGACAGCUCAUCCAACUUCACAGACCCUCAGACCAUGCAGCUGCUACAGCACAGCCAGAGACUGCUGGGUAACCUCAGUACGAUCUUCCACUGUCUGCUCAGUGAAGCUCAGGAGCUCACCCAAAAAGGCCUCUUGGGUCUGAUUAACAAGAACAUGGUGUCCAGUCUAAUUUCCAAGUAUGCUGAAGUCGUCCUCUGGUUCUGUCGCACAGGCCUGCUGCCUGAGGGAUCAGACGAUGACGCUCUCCAGAUCUCCAGGCCUUUUUACACCCACUCAGUCAUCAGCAGCUAUUAUACUAUUCGCAGAGAGGAGCUCACCAGGCUGGCUAAGAACAAGUGGUGUGCAGACUGUCUGAUGAUUGAUGGUUUGGUUGGCCAGUGUGGUGAACACUUGACCAACCUGUGGAAAAGGGAUGAAGGUGGGACAGGGCAAUACCCACCACCUACAUUGCAUGCCUUGCUGGAUAUUUAUCUACUGGACAGCAUCGACGAAGCAGUAAAACAUGCAAUUGUGAUUUACCUGCUGCUGGAUGUCAUGUACUCCUUCCCUAAUAAGGAGGGAGCAUCAGUUGAGUCUUUCCCCACAGCGUUUGCGAUCCCUAUUGGACUGGUCAAACUAGUGCAAGGCCUCUGGCUGCUGGACCAUCGUGACCACCAGAGUUCCUUCGAGCGACUUCUGCAUCCUGCCGCAUCUCAGUGUCAUUUUGAGUGGCAGCACGAGCGUGUCUUGCAAGCCCUGAUGUGCCAGGGUCAACACUCGGUGGCACUACGAUACUUCCAUGUAACAAAGCCCCCAAUAUCCUCCACCUCCCAGGCAAAACUCUGUCUCUCGGUACUGCUACACAACAGGUGUCUCAUUGAGGCGUGGUCCUUACUUCGGCAGCACUCGAAUCAUCUCAACAUGAGCGAACUAAUGGGCUUCUUGUAUGAGAGCUGCCAGGAGCUGGGCCUCAUCAAGGAGCUGCUCAAACUGCCCCUGGGCCUCACUGAACAGGAAUGUUUGGAGAAGUUUCUUCAGGGUACAGGGGGUCUCCAGAACAGAGAACUACUGAUGGUCCAUUACCUUCAGCAGGCCAACUAUAUACCUGCCCUCCAACUCAACCACAGCCUCAAGAUAAACCUAGUGAAUGAGCGAGACCCAAAACUUAAAGAAAGAAGCAACACCAGGAACUCUAUAUUGGAUCAGUAUGGCAAAGUUUUGCCCAGAGUCCAGAGGAAACUGGCAAUGGAGAGGGCCAAACCCUACCAGCAUCCCUUCACCAUCCACAAAGAAGUGUCUCGGCCGCAGCCACUGUCAACCAUCACCAAGCGCUCCACCAGUGAGAAGGUGAUGUCCAGGGCUGGCUUCUUCAACAAUGUUCUGACCAAGAUUGAAGAGGUAUGGUUAGGAAAAGGAGCCACACCACAGUCCUCCCCUGCCAAGAGCUCCAGGGCAGCUGAAAUUUUGAGCCCAAGUCCUAGGACUUCUUCGCAGGCCCCUCCUGAUCCGUUCCUGGGAACUCCAAUCACCAUGUCCUCCAAACGAAAGUCAAGGCUGAUAGACUCGGUGGUUCAUCCCUCCUGUCUGACCCCUCGGCCUAUUCUCAGCCCUCCCAGAGCCCCCAGCUCUUGGGUUUCUCCAAAAAGCAACAGCAAGGCCCCUGAACUUAGUCUGCUGCAGACACCACAGGUUGUGAAGCGAGCUCGAGCCUUGGCUGCUUCUGGCCCUGUGUUUUCAGCCUACAACCCGCCGUCUAUCCUGCGCAGCAGCCUAAGGCCCACACCUGUCGGCACCCCGUCUGCAUCUCCAGGGCGCUCUAUCACCCCUCCGCUCCGCAGCAAAGAGAGCAGGAUCACAUUUAUUGAAGAGGAAGCAUCUCCUGAACCAGUAAAAGACAUCUGCUGGACCAACGGGAUGGCAGCAGACAAUGAGAUUAGCUUGCUGACCAGAGGCUCCACGCUGUCUAAGGCUACACACAAGACCUGGUCCUUACAGCCUGCUGAGGAGGAAGAAGAUGGAGAUGAGGAAGCUGAACAACCUCGUGUAAAGUUUUUGCCACCUGAGGGUGGAAUUCCCUCACCAGAGCUGAGAUGCUCUGAGAGUGAGUCAUCCUCCAUCCAUGAAGUAGCUGAAGAGACUAGACCAUCAGAUGCCUCACAAGCACGUAUUAGAAUAAGCUUUAACACCAGCGAGAUGUCUGUCCAGUCAGCAGACGACACUCUUGAAUACUAUGAUGCACCUCUCUCAGAACAACAGGAAGGACAAGAGGGGCAUACAGCAACAGAAAAGGAAGACAAAGUAGUGAUAGUGAACUUCAAAACUCCAACAGAACAAGAGGAACCAGAGCAAACCACUGAGCAAACUCCUCUCAUGACAUCAGAAGAUUUACAGAUGGAAGGUCAGGAGCUGAAGGAAAAUGAAACUUUUGAGGACGUGAUGGAGGUCAGUCUUGAACCAGAGGAUAUAAACGAAGACGAAGUUCAGUCUAAAACGGAAGAAGAAGUUCAGUCUAAAACGGAGGAAGAAGUUCAGUCUAAAACGGAGGAAGAAGUUCAGUCUAAAACGGAGGAAGAAGUUCAGUCUAAAACGGAGGAGGAAGAAGUUCAGUCUAAAGCAGAGGAAGAAGUUCAGUCUGAAGCAGAGGAGGAAGUUCAGUCUAAAACAGAGGAAGAAGUUCAGUCUAAAGCAGAGGAAGAAGUUCAGUCUAAAGCAGAGGAAGAAGUUCAGUCUAAAACAGAGGAAGAAGUUCAGUCUAAAACGGAGGAAGAAGUUCAGUCUAAAAUGGAGCUUGAAGUUCAGUCUAAAACAGAGGAUGAACAGGAUUUUGAGUCAAGUGGCAAACAAGAAGAUGCUGCAAUUCUUGACCAAGAAGAGAAAUCCAGUAAUGAUCAAGGUUGUAACCAGGUCACUGAGAGCGUUGGAGCAGAAUCUGAGGAUCAGCCUGCUAAUACUGAGGAGGGGCAGGACAUCCAGUCAGAGGCCACCGACUCCACAGACUUGAUUGAGCACCUGAAACCAUCUGGAUCCACUGAACCCACAAAUGACCUGUUAGAGGAACUGGAGCAAUCAACAGAUCUGACAGAUUUCGUGCAACAACAUCUGUUUGGCGGUGAUCUGUCUCCUCCUCUCACCCGCUCAGGAAUCCACAACUCAUCACAGACCCAGACAUUCUUAAACAGUGACUCCCGAAUCGAAGAUGAAGUGGAUGAGCAAGUCGCUGCCGAAGUUCCCCCAGUGUUCACCAGCCAGAAAUCUACUGCCUCUGUGACCUCCUCAGAGCCAACCGGCACAGACUCCCACUCUGUUGUGAGUGUAAACGAUAGUGAAGAACUCUCCAGCCCUGCCUCUGAUGAGGAAGAUGAUGAUGAUGACGACGAUGAUGAUGAGGAGGAGGAGUCUGAAGUUGAAGAGGAUGGUGAGGAGGAAGAGGAGGACUCUGGUAGCGAGGUGGAGAUCAUUGAGGAGGUCCAGGGUAAUGGGAGGCUUCCACCCCUCCAGCCCAGUUCAGUCUUCGUACCCCAAGAACACGCCCACUUCUUGCCAACGCUGUCAGAACAGGAGGCUGCAGAGUUUUCUCUGAUUGCACCUGGAGCAGAAAUGAAGAUGGUAGAAGAGGAAAUGGAGGGUGAGGUGGUGAUGGUGAGACUUGGAGCAGAUGGAGGAGAAAUGGAGGCUGAUGAGGAUGAAGGUCAGGGGUCGACCUACAUGCAACUCAAACCCUCCACCACUCUCCUGGUACCCCUGGAGCUUGUGGAGGGACAACAUGACCUAGUGGAUAGUGCUCAGCUCUGUCUUCCUGAGCUUCAGGAAACCGUUGGGCCCGAGGACCCGAGGUGUGACGCUCAUAGCGACUUCUCUCUCAUGCUAGAUAUGGAUGAGGCUGGGGAUAAAGAGGAGGACAUGUUGUCUAUCAAGACUGAUCUCCAAUCCACCAACGCUCCAACCCACUCUCCAAUAGUGGAGGCUACUGACGAACUUGUGGCCAACCCAGAGGUUAUUCUUUUGGGCACAGAUGAUCAGGAUUCUCCGUUGUCUGGAGAAGCAUUGGAAGAAGACAUCAGGAAAGAAAUUGACACCUUGGAUGGAAUUGAGCUUGAUAGUCCAACAAACUCAGAACUCCAAACCGACCUACAGACUGAACACACCGAGACAAACCAGAAGGUGGAAGAUGCUGAAGAGCAGAUGGAUGCUGGGUUAGAGUUGGCUGAAGAUCCAGAAUCUGCAACUCUGUCAGUCUCUGAUCCAACUCCAGUGGAGGAACUCCCACCAGUUGCAGAUGGCAAGGAUAGCGAAGAUCCUGUGGAAAUGAAAGAUGAUGUUGUAGAGGAGAAAGUAGAAGAGGAGGAGGACAAACCAACACCUGCCGAAGACCAGAAAGAGCCAGAAGAGAAUGGGCUUGUUGAGAUGGAAGAAGUUGCCCACAGUGCAGAGACAGCGACCUCUGUGGAGGAGCAGCAGCAGGACUACGGAUCCUCAGCAGACACCGAGGAAGAUAACAAGGAAGAAGAGAAAGAGCCUGAAUCUAGAAGUAGAACAAAGGGAAGAAGGAGAAAAGAUGAAGAUGUUGAAGAGGAGAAACCUGUGCAGCAGCCAGAGGAACAGCCUGUGCCAGAGACCCCCACCUCUCAAAGGAAGAAGAAAGCUCCUUCUACCCCUACCAGGAGGACCACAAGAGGGAGGAGGACUGUUACCUUUAUUUCUCCCCUUCCAGAGGAGACAGAGGUGUCAGAGGAGGAUGGGAAUGUAGAGGAGGCAGAAACGAGCUCAGUGGUCCCUGCCUCUCCUAGUCGCAGAAGUGGUCGACAGAAAAAAGAAACAAAAGUCCAACCCAGCCCAACUCGAAGAAGUACCCGCAGAGCUCAGCUGGAGCCUCCUACAGAUGAGGCCGAGCAGGUGGAGGCCAUGGACAACGAUACUGCAGUUGCAAGUACCUCCAUGGCCACUUCGCCAGGCAGACGACGCGCUUCACAGAGAGCCGCUCCAAGGACAAGCAGUCAAAGGACUCAGAGAGGUAGUGAGGAGGUGCCUGCAGCCACAGAAGCUAAAAUUGAAGUGGAGGAACAAGAAGAUGAGGUCACAGAUACCAAGGUUUCUCGGCGAACAAGCUCCAAGACUCCCACCCCAGUCAAACGCAGAACCACUCAGGAAAACACUCCGAGGAGGUCUAGCAGAAGAAUAUUGAGCAGCAGCGAGGUGACUCAAACACCAUUAGCGAUUGUGAAAGAGGAGAUGGAACAGGACGAGGAGGUCUUCCCUUCACCUGUCAAACGCAGCACCAGAAAAAUUAAGAUAGAACCACCAGAGCCUGCACUUCAGGAGGAGGAAGAGAGCAAGAAACAGCACAUUUCCAGCCCCGGCAGGACAACUCGUCAGUCCAACCGUAUCUCCCUGGAUGUUUAUCCACAGGUGAAACUGGUUCCUGUAUCACUUCCUCAGAGUGCAAGGAAAAAGGAGAACAUGAAAGCGACUGGAGAUGUGCUCGAGCCCAAACUUAACAGCAUUGCUGGUCACACCAACUCCCACCGACCAACUAGAAGCAAACUCUGGGACCACCCAGAGGAAGACCUUCCCUUACUGGAUUCACCAUUGGAGGUGGAUUCUGAAACCCCUGUUGCAGACGCCCUUAUCAAGAGACUCCAGGACGAGGAAGAGAAGCAAGAAGGAGGAGUUGUCGUCAGAAAGAUGGUUAGAUCCAGCAAGAGGAGUAAAAAGUCAUCAGUGGAGCAGGUCGACUCGCUGCCUCCUGUGAAUGACAGCCUGGUCCCAGAACCUGAAGAAGAUGAGAGUGGACAAGGCGAGCACUCAUUUAUCUACUCCCCCUCACGAAGAAGAACAAGAGCUUCUAAAGUACAGUCUCCCGGCCCGAGUGAACGGCUUUCAGCGCCUGUUACUCGAAACAGAAGAAGAGCUGCCUCUGUUAAUCCUCAGGAUGAACUUGCUUCAGAAGAAGAUGUAGAAGUGGAGAAAGCAGCAAGUGUUUCUAAAACCAGAAAAACUGGCAAACGAACAGCCAAAUCCAAAACUAUUUUGGAGCCGGCUCUGUUGGCAGAGGUGGACCUGAUCUCGCCUCUGCCUAGCCCAGCUGAUCCGCUCCCCAGAGUACAGAGGAGGACUAAGGAAGUAGAGGCCCCAACUUCAAGCGUUAACCUUCGACGAAAACGCGUAAUGGACACCGUUUACACCAAACCCGUCACCCGGAGGAAGAAACUUUAAGGAGGCUGUUCGGUGGUUUAAAACCAGUGAACCUCAGACAGCCACAUGAAGAUCUGAACCACCUCAGUCAGGAGCUGUCAAAUAAACACGUAAACUCAGAACUCAAAAGCCUCACAGUGCUGCAGUUGUCUUUGUACGUUGGCGUUCCUCCAGGACAAUAAAAUACAAAUCAAAGUAGGCGUGAAAAUAUUUUUGGUGGACAAAACACACUGGAGGAAGCAGUGUGAGAGAGGACUAUAUAUUUUUGGAGUUUACAUGUCCUGCUUGUAUAAACUUGACAUCACUUGAUACUGUAUCUGUGGCCAUUUUGUGUUGGACGUUUUGCGAUGCUCGUAAUAAUCUGAUUAAUCCGCAGAAUGGCACAAGGGAAAGCAAUCGAUAUGGGGUUUUAGAAGCUCCCAUUAAUAAAAUCAGACUGAUCUAAACUUGCCUCUGGAAAAGAGGCUUUAUUUACAUUCUUUUAUUUUAUUUUGUUGUUGUUUUAAGAUUUGAGGCCUGCUGUUUUUUCUAUUUAAGAAGAAAAGCAUCCAACACAGUGGAGAUGAAACAUUUCUACUACAUUUGUAUAUAGUCUUUUGCUAUGUUCCAAAUAAAGUUAAUAAAUAAAUCCUAAAGAAUUAUGUUCAUUUUCAAGUUGUAAGUGUCUCAAAUGCAUUUGAUCAUCUAAUCAGAUUGCCUAUGCCAUAGUCUUAAAAUUUAAAUUGAUUGGGGGGAGGGAGGGGGUAUUCUAUGAAAGAGUCACAGACUUGUACACUAUUGCCAACAGAUUUGGACUGUUUUUGUAUGUCAUGGGAAUGUUGUAUAUUGUAAAAGGAUUUUUUUUUAAAGACUUGCACUGCAGUUUGGAGUUGUUACACUUGUUUUGGGAUGUGUUAAUAGGCUUGUUUAAUUAAGUUUAUGGCAACCACCAUCUGAAACAUAGGCUAUUUUCUGAUGAAUGUAUGUAGAAUGUCUUAUUUUUGAUGACUGCUCUUUGAUAAAUAUGGUAAAGCUUGAAUACUUCUCUACUUCUGGUGUGCAGUGAUUGUCUCAAUUCAAUUUGAUGCAUUUUAACUGUAUGUUUUUUUUAAAGUGUGGGCUGAAUGAACCAAC